AUGUCCAGUUUAAAGAGCACUAGAUCCGGGUCGCAGAUUCUCCAUGCCUUGCACUGUCCACCCUGUGAGCGCAUCCACUGUUCACCUCGCAGAGCGCUGAGGCUCCAGUGUAAGGGGGGUGUUACUACAGGCGUCUGUGGCUGCUGCCCUGCAUGUGCAAAACAAGCCGGGGAGAGCUGCGGAGGAAUGUGGGACUACCUGGGGAAAUGUGAUGAAGGCUUGGUGUGUGUUUACCAGGAACCUACUGAGAGCAAGCCAGAAGCAGAGCACAAGGGGAUCUGCAAGUCGGUACUUGAAGUCCUUGAGAGAGACGCUUGUCGUCCAGAUUGUACAUGGGAACUGUGUCAGGCAAACCCCAAUGAAAUCUGCUCAGCCAGGUCUGUGUCAGUGGAAAAGCGUGAGUGUGGGGGUUUCUGUCAACACACCACCUGCUCCAGCUGUUUGGUUCUCAGGCGUCCAGCGUGUUCUCAGGCCUGUGCUCACACAGACCAUGUCUGUCUGCAUCGUUUUGGGAGGUGUGUGCACAGCCAUCUGGAGGCACACAGAGAAACAGUGUGCCACCAAAACCUGCAGAGCAACAAUGAGGGCUACUUCAUGUGUUUGGCUCCUGCUUGUCCAAAUGCAGCAGAAUGAAUAAUUAUGCAUUUGUGGAGGAACUGCUCCAAAGUGAUCUAGGUUUAAAAUGUAGAAUAUUAAGGCAGCUAUUUUUGAUAUGAUUUUUUUUGUAACCUUUGUGACUACAGAUGACACGUGAAAGAAUAAUGAUGUGAAUAUGUUUUAUGUAACACUUUUUUUUCUUCAGUUAAUUCAAUUUGAUUUAAUUCCUGUACAUUUGUAUUUAUAAUGUCCAGAACAUUAGCUAUAUGAUCAGAUGUUUACAUUCAUACAAUGCCACAAUUAUGACAAGUAUUAAAUAAAAUGGAUUUUUGUUCAUAAAUAAAUGAAAGGAAAUUCUAGUCAUCUGUUUUCAUUGUUCAUAUUUGACUCUUCUUUUCUUUUCGGUCCUUUCUAAGUAGGACUGAUAAGAUCAGAUAGUAAAGUGUUAAGACACAAUGUGACCUCUGAGGAAAAGAUGCCCACCUGGAACAAUCUCUCACACCUGGUGGGCUGUUACUGAAUAACAGGUGAUUUAUGGAGCCGUAAUAAGACGCUGAUCAGCAGGGCAGGAAAAAUGUCUAGACAUACAAUAGCAGUCUGUUCCUUUUGAUGUCUGGUUUAUAUCACAAUUCACAAGGAAAUGAAAUAGUUAAUUCUGAUAAACAUGCCUGAGAAAUGCAGAUUUAUGGGUUUAUGAGGUGCAAAACAGUUGGACUGCUACUCAUGAUGGUGAACACAGGAAGUUCUCUGUGAUCUUAGUCAAUAAGCAUUAAAACAUUAAAGUAUUGAAAUCUGCUCAUUUUCUGCU